AUGUGCCCACUCCACAGACGUACUGGGUGCGCAGAGCUGAGCUCGAGACCCUUCCACCCCCACCCCCAGCCCCCCUCCACCAAACAGCAAGUGCCGCCAUUGGAGAUGCUGCAAGAGCCCUUAGCAGGGACUCCCGAGCAGAUCAAGAAGGCCCAGGAAGGCCCUGGACAAGAGGACAGAAACGCGCCCCCCUCCGAACAGCCAGACGGGGAGAUGACUGCUUUCCCAGGGGAGCACUCUGGGGACCAAAAUAGACCCCAGCCUUCCUUCCUGCCAGCUGUGCUCAUCCAGGUCCAAGGGGGAGCAGAAGGAAAGUGGGACCGCAAGGUCCUAAGAACCAUAUUUCAGCCCUCUGCCUGCGUCCCCCCACCCCGCAUUCCCCGCAUCUCCCUCCCCGUGGCAGUGAAGGAGCGCAGCAACGAGUCGGUCCCAGCGUUAGGAUGUGUUUACAAGCUUCCGCCGCGCAGACGCCAGUCGGCCGCCUGCGUGUGGGAGGCGGGCGUCUGCGGAGAUAAACGGUCAGGGUUCUCCUCGUUUGCCGAGGACGCACUGCUACACCAGUGCUCCUGCAGUUCUCUCCACCCUCAGAACCCUCCUCGCACCCUUCUCCUCCGCGGGUGA